CCACCCCCCUAGGAAUAAAACUCCCCCGCCGGCGCGUCGCCCGGCUGCCGCUGCGGUCCGCGGGCGGCGAGAGCCACGGCGGCGGCCGCCGCUCGCCUGUUGCCGGGUUGGCGCUUGGAGCGAGAGCAGAAGGAGGAGCAGAAGGAGGGAGCUGGAGGCCGGACGCGUUCGCCAGCGGCGGCGGCGGCGGCAACGUGGAGUGAGCGGGCGGGUCGGCGCGCCGGCCGGGGUGUCGGCCCCCGCGCGCAGCUCCGGGAGCAGGAUCCUCGCCGCCUCCCUGCGCGGCCUCCGCGGCCCGCGCCGGACCCGGCCGAGUCCCGGGCGCCGAGCGAAGCUCUCCCGCCUCCCCGCCGCGGGCCGGGCUCGCCCCCAGCGCGCGCACCCGGGCGCGCGCGCGCCCACACUCACACCACACACACUCACACGCACACUCACUCACACACUCACACACGUGUGCGCUCCUUCGCUCCGGAGCUGCUGCCGCUCCUGCUCUCAGCGCCGCAGUGGAAGGCAGGGCCGCGCCGCGCCGCUCCUUCUUGAAAUAUAUAAAUUGGAGCCGGCCGGCCUCGGCCGCCCCCCUGACAGCGCGGCCCGCGCCCCUCCCGCCGGCGCGCCCGCUGCCAGCCCCGGGACCUUUUCAUCUCUUCCCUUUUGGCCGGAGGAGCCGAGUUCAGAUUCGCCACUCCGCACCCGAAACUGACAUACUGAACUCCGUUUCCUCCUGCUAAAUUUAUUUCUGCCUAAUAGCCACUCGUCUCUUUUUUCCGCCCCCCCUCCCCUCCAUCUCGUCGCUCCAAGAAAACUUUUGCCGACUCCCUCAAGUGCAGGUUUCCCCUGCCCGUCGUGUAUUAAUAUUUCCACUUGGGGAACGACGUUGCCUUUUCUUUUGAAAGGAAUUCAAGCAAGAUACCUUUUUCUCUCGGACAUUGACUCUCGAUUGUUUGCAAAAGUUUCGCAUUAAAAAAAAAAAAUCUACCUGAUCUGUACUUUGAGAGUUGCUAGGUUUUUUUUUUUUUUCUUCUUACUUUUUUACUUAAAAGAAAAAAAAAUUUUUUUCCACCUUUAAAAAAAUGCACUACUGUGUGCUGAGCGCGUUUCUGCUCCUGCAUCUGGUCACGGUCGCGCUCAGCCUGUCUACCUGCAGCACGCUCGACAUGGACCAGUUCAUGCGCAAGAGGAUCGAGGCGAUCCGCGGGCAGAUCCUGAGCAAGCUGAAGCUCACCAGCCCCCCAGAAGACUACCCCGAACCCGAGGAGGUCCCCCCGGAGGUGAUCUCCAUCUACAACAGCACCAGGGACUUGCUCCAGGAGAAGGCGAGCCGGAGGGCGGCCGCCUGCGAGCGCGAGCGGAGCGACGAGGAAUACUACGCCAAGGAGGUUUACAAAAUAGACAUGCCGCCCUUCUUACCCUCGGAAACUGUCUGCCCAGUUGUUACAACACCCUCUGGCUCAGUGGGCAGCUUGUGCUCCAGACAGUCCCAGGUUUUCUGUGGGUACCUUGAUGCCAUCCCACCCACUUUCUACAGACCGUACUUUAGAAUUGUCCGAUUUGACGUCUCUGCGAUGGAGAAGAAUGCUUCCAAUUUGGUGAAGGCCGAGUUUAGAGUCUUUCGUUUACAGAACCCAAAAGCCAGAGUGCCUGAACAACGGAUCGAGCUGUAUCAGAUUCUCAAAUCCAAAGAUUUAACAUCUCCAACCCAGCGCUACAUCGAUAGCAAAGUCGUGAAAACCAGAGCAGAGGGCGAAUGGCUCUCCUUCGAUGUCACCGAUGCUGUUCACGAAUGGCUCCACCAUAAAGACAGAAACCUGGGAUUUAAAAUAAGUUUACACUGUCCCUGCUGCACCUUUGUACCAUCGAAUAAUUACAUCAUCCCCAAUAAAAGUGAAGAACUAGAAGCACGAUUUGCAGGUAUUGAUGGCACCUCUACCUAUACCAGUGGUGAUCAGAAAACAAUAAAGUCCACUAGGAAAAAAACCAGUGGGAAGAGCCCACAUCUCCUGCUAAUGUUGUUGCCCUCCUACAGACUUGAGUCCCAACAGUCCAACCGGCGGAAGAAGCGUGCCCUGGAUGCAGCCUAUUGCUUUAGAAAUGUGCAGGAUAAUUGUUGCCUACGCCCACUUUACAUUGAUUUCAAGAGGGAUCUUGGGUGGAAAUGGAUUCAUGAGCCUAAAGGGUACAAUGCCAACUUCUGUGCUGGAGCGUGCCCAUAUCUGUGGAGCUCAGACACUCAGCACAGUAGGGUUCUCAGCUUAUAUAAUACCAUAAAUCCAGAAGCGUCUGCUUCCCCUUGCUGUGUGUCCCAAGAUUUAGAGCCGCUCACCAUUCUCUACUACAUUGGCAAAACACCCAAGAUCGAACAGCUUUCUAAUAUGAUUGUCAAGUCUUGCAAAUGCAGCUAAGAUUCUCGGAAAAGUGACAAGACGAUAAUCGCACGAUGAUGAUGGUGAUGAUGGUGACAAAGGCAAUGUUUGUAACAAGAAAACACAAGAGAGCCUUGCUUCAUCAGUGUUAAAAAAAAAAUUGAAAAAGCGGUACUAGUUCAAACACUUUGGAAGUUUGUGUUCUGUUUGUUAAAACUGGCAUCUGAAAUGAAAAAAAAGUUGAAGGCUUUACUCUAUAUUUUACCUACUCUGUAAGUGAGAGAGACAAGAAGCAAAACCUUUUUUUUCUUAAGAAAAAAAUAAACACUGGAAGUAUUUGUUAGUGUUAAUUAUGUGAAAGAAAAAAAACAAACAAACAGGAAAAUCCCGUUCAGUGGAGUUGCUGUACAUAUGUUCUUAUCCCAUGCCUCACUUGAUUUUUCUGUAUUGCUAUGCAAUAGGUAUCUUUCCCAUUCUUACUCUUAGAGUUAACAGUGAGUUAUUUAUUGUGUGUUACUAUAUAAUGAACAUUUCAUUGCCCUUGGAAAAUAAAACAGGUGUAAAAAAAGUGGAGACCAAAUACUUUGCCAGAAACCCGUGGAUGGCUUAAGGAACUUGAACUUAAACGGGCCAGCAAAAAGAGGUCAUAUUAACAAGAUGAAAAACGCGAGUGAGAUCUAUUAUAUGACCGAGCGAGUCUGCAUAAAGAGAAAGACCCUGCAAAUACGUGCUCUGUACCAACUGCCCGAGGAAGCUUCUUGUAAGGUUCAAAACUGAAAAGCCUGUUAAUAAAGGAAACUUUCAGUCAGAUUAAGUCUGUAAGAUUUUUUUGUUCUCUUUAAUUGUAAAUGGUUCUCUGUCAGUUUAGUCAACCAGUGAGAAGUUGAGAUGUUUAGAUACGUACUGGUCAAACUUCAGACCUUAAAGUAUUGCUGUGUAGCUACGCUCUAGAUUUUUCUUUCGUUUCGGUGUAUGUAACCAUACCUAUAUUAUUACAAUAGAUGGGUAUAGAAGCCAGUAUAAUUGGAAACACAACUGCAGAUCUCUUUUGCAAAUGAUGAAAUCAAAACAUUAGCUACUUUAUGUGUAAUGUGUAAAUUUUUACCAUAUUUUUUUAAUGUUCUAUAGUAACACCAACUCUGAUUUAGAUUGGACUUAAAUUUGGGCUCUUUCUAAUGAUUGUUGGGAAUUGUGUGUUUCCUUUAGCUGGCCAGAACUUUUGAAUAAAGCCCCUGUAUUUCGACUUGCACUACAAAUACAUGUUUGAUAGUAUUUGUUCCACUUGUGCUUGUUCAUUGUCCAUUAUUAUGACAUAAACUACCUGAGUCCACUUGUCCUUUUUUUUUUUCUUUUAUAAAAAGACAUAGUUUUCCUUCAUUUUCUAAGCAUCAUUAUUAAUCAGUUCAGACAUUAACAAGCUUUUAUUUUAGGAAAAUUGGGGAUUAUAGAUACACAGAUAAUUGAGGUGAAAUGUUUUAGUUUUAGCAAGGGCUUAAGGAUCUGACUGGAACUCAGAGUCUUAGUGACUGGUUUAAGAAAGGUGUCUCUAACUUGGUUUAAUCAGUAUUUUCACAGAAUUCUGCUGUUAGGAAAAAAAGCAGACAGAUCACAGGAAACAGCUUUUUCUUUAAUCGAGUUUUUAGUGUUCAGGGAAAAAUGGAAAGAUUAACAUUUUAGUUGAUUUUUUUAAGGAAGAAAAAAUAAACCCAUGUCAGCAUAAGUCAUUUAGUGUAUUUCACUGAAAUUAAGGUUUUUAUAGAUGUUCUUUGAAGGUUGCAAAGGCACAAGGCAAAUUCUCCCAUGAUCAAAAAGUCCUUUCUUUCCUCUGAAUGUGACUUACCAAAUCAGAGGCUAGAAUUUACCUUGCCGAAAUACAUGAUUUGCUACAUUUUUGCAGAGGAGGUAACCUUGGGUUUGUAGGAUAUGUCAGUUUGUCAGUUGUCACUUAUUUAGCUUUAGAAUAAUCAUUAAUAGUAAGACAAUGGAAUAUUUGCAGUUUUACCUAAAGAGCAGCACAGUGAGGUGUGAAUCCAGAGUGAAGUUGUUUGAUAUAGAAUUUUUCUUGGAAUUUCCUGGCCAUUAUUAAAAUGACAGAUUGGAUUUGUUUGAAAACUGGAAAAGCAAGAGAUAGGAUGCCACAAUACCAAACAACCUUUGGAUUGGGUGAAACCCAAUCCCAGAUUGGAGUGUGUUGAUUUUUUUUUUUCUCUUCCACUUUUCUAUUCAUUCUAUGUAAAUCACUUUUAUUUCUGCAGGUAUUUUCUUUUCAGAUAGAAUGACAUUUUGUUUUGUAUUAUUUUGUCUUUCCUCAUGAAUGCACUGAUAAUAUUUUAAAUGCUCUAUUUUAAGAUAUCUUGAAUCUUUUUUUUUUUUUUUUAGUUUGGGGGGUUCUGUAAGGCCUUUAUUUCCCAUAAGUAAAUAUUGCCAUGAGACGGGAGGGAGGUGGGAGGGAAUGGGGAAAAUGUUAGUAUGUGGGUGGGAUGGGGCUACAGUUUUUCUGUGUUAAACAGCAAUGCAGUUUUAUGGUUGGCAUGAUUUUUUUUUUUUAAUGGAACAUAAGAAUAGCUGUUUUGUAUUUUGAUGACUGAUUACGCUGUAUUUUAACACAAUGUAUGUCUGUUUUUGUGGUGCUCUAGUGGUAAAUAAAUUAUUUCAAUGAUAUGUUGAUGUGUUUUUCCUGUCCAUUGUGGAGAUCAGAGAAUGCUUCUAAUGCCGAGAGCAUUUAAGCUCAAGCUAGAAAAGUCAUACCAGCUUUAAGAUCGUGCUUUUUUUUUUCCUCAAAGAGAUUCAGUCCAGAGAUGUCAUACUUUAUAGUUCAAGAGCCAGGAUGUAUCUAUCAAAGCCUGAAGAAAACCCUGUGCAGUCUUUUUAUUCCCUUGUUUAUUGCUAUUUGGUAAUUGUUGGAGAUUUAGUUUCCAUCCAGCUUGACUGUCUACCAGAAAAAAAUGCAGAGAGAUGUUUGGACCAUGCCUUGGCUUUCUGAUCCUAUGUUCUGCCAACCCCAGGGCCAAAAGAACUGGUCUAGACAGUAUCCCCUGCAGCCCCAUAACUUGGAUAGUUGCUGAGCCAGCCAGAUAUAACAAGAGCCAUGUGCUCUUCGGGAUUGAUCGUUGAGAGCAGCUACUCCUCUCUCUAUUUCUCCCCUACCGCUGUACCAAAAACCCCUUAUUCCCGCAAGCUUCCUUGGCUGUUCCCUACGAGACCAGACUUUGCAAGCAAGUUGCCAGUCUCUUAAUAAAUAGAGCUAAUUAAAAAAAAAGUCAUUGUGGCUCUAUCUGAUUGCCCGCUUUAUCUCAUGAGAAAACUAGUUUGUGCCUGUUGUCUAAAAACAUCACCUAGAAACAAACCAUCCAUUCAGGUGAAUAGGUAGAACAGAGAAUGGUUCCUUUCCUUUCCUGCCAUUUGUGUUUCACCUUUUAUAUUCAACUCAUAGAAGAAGUGUUUCACUUUGAAAUAAUUCGUGUGUGCUUUGCAGGGGGCUAGUACCAGGCCAGUACCACCCCACAUCACCUUUAUCUGACACGUGAGAAUAAGAAGGUAUCAUAGGGUUCUGAAAAGAGUCCCCUAAGAGCUAUAUCAACUUGGACAAAUUUGUCAGCCACUCUGAGCCUCUGUUUCCUUAUCUUUAAAAUGAGGAAGAAAUGACCUGCUUUACAGGGCUUUGCAUGUUUGUUUCUGUACCCUUCCUAUUGUUAAGUAAAUGGACGUCCAAAAAGUACUUUGGUGUUUGGCCUGUAGUUGAUGGUCAGUAAAUCAUAGUCUUAACAUUUCCCAAACCGAGCUGGUUUGGGCUCUGCAAUCCUGUUGUAAUUAACUUUUUAACGUUUGUUCAGACUUUAAGCUGGGGCCAUAUUUCUUCCUCUUGUUACUAAAUGUGUAACCUCUAGACCCUCAUCUCCUCGAUGAAUCAGGCCAUCAGUUAUUUUGGAGAAUAUUCUGUCACUCUGUUUCUUGACUGUUUGGUCACAUGAAUGACCAGAAAUUGUUUCAGCUGGUGGGGAAAUGUUCAGGUAAGACUCCGCUUCCAAUCCACCAACUGAAUUCAAAAUAAGAGAGUCAAGGUGAUUAGUUGAAGGACCCGUUUUCUAAGAUGAUGGUUGUGAGAACUCCAGUUUGUUGAGCACCCACCAGCUAUGUUCUCUGUUAUCUUACUUAAUCUCACAUAUCACCCUAGGAUGUAGGGUUUUUUGAUAGAAUUCCAUUUUACAGAGAGGUAAGCAGACUCAGAAUGGUUAAAUGACAUGUCCAAGGUCACCCAGUCUGUAAGAGGAGGGUUGAGAACUUCAUUGUUCGAUACACUAGCUACUAGUCAUGUGUGACUUUCAAGCAACUGAAAUGUGGUGAAUCUGAACUGAGUUAUUCCAAGGUAUAAUAUACAAACCAUUCUUUGAAGACUUAGGACAAAAAAGAAAGAAUGUAAAAUGUCUCAUUACUUUUUUAUAUUGAUUACAUGUCUGAAUAAUACUAUUUUGAAUAUAUGGGAUUAAAUAAAGUAUAUUAUUGAAAUUA